AUGUUGUUUUUUUACAUGUUUUUCUUUAUUAAAAAGUCUUUGUUAAACAACAGCAUUUCCAGAAAUGCUACUCACUGGAACAAUGUUCAGUUGUCUACACAUAUACCUACAUUCCAGAGCUACAGGUUUGUUUAUGACAAAUCUUUGUAGUCAUGGUUGUCUUUCCACAGAGUAAAACAAACAAAGUCCUCAGGCUGAAGGAGACCAACCCCAUCUUUCUUAAGAGUUCUUCCAGCAGAAGAAGGUGGUGCUGGGAAGGAGUGGCCCCACACAGAGACUGUGUCAUAAAGCAGCUGUAUUCUGACUGACGUAAGAACAUAUCCAACACUCAUACGCAUACAAUCGUCUGCGCCUGUCAGUGCUCUGACAUCCUAGACGAGGACACUUGCUAACACCUAUCCUGCCAUGAAUCUAUGAAGGACUGUGAACAAACCUGUAGACAGCGGCUGCUAAGAGACAAAAAAUAGUUAAGUUUUUGAGUUUUUUUUUUACUUUUAGUGUAUAAUUAAAGUAUAUAAUUAUUUAUUUUCAAGAAUUAUUAUCAGUCCUCUUUCACAAUCUCUUCCUUCACAUCAAGACGUGAUGCUCUGGACCAUCUUCCCUAUUGCCCUCUCUCUCGUCUCAUUCAUUGGAACAUGGAGUGUGUAAGUUGUUGUUACAGUCAUGCUCAUUUUACAUGCUGUUUAAAUGUGUUUUUAAAGUAAAUAUUACAUUCUGAUAAUCAGUGGAAAUCAGUGGAACACUCACUGGGUUUCUGCUUGUCUUACUGACCUUUACACAAACAUUUUUUUCAUUUUUGACUGUAAAGUAAAAAAAAAACCACAGGACAGAGUAGAUGCUCAAGAGCAAAAAGAAAAGUACAACAGAAUAAUUAAAAUUUGAACUACAAGGUAUUAAUCAAGUCAUUACUUUCUUUAGUUUGUUUUUAAUAAACCUACAGGUUGAACUGGUUCGAGUUGAUAUUGAUCUGUUUUUAUUUUGAAAAAGUAUGUUUGUUUGUUUGUUUGUUUGACUUAGUUUGACCAAUGAAACAAAUAUCCAGAACUGCUGCUUCUGUGGUGGUUUAUAUUUAUUCAAAAUUAGUGUGAAAUAGUGGCUCGUGCUGUUGUGUUAAAGCAAAAAGAUCUUAGAUCUGACAGCCAGUGAUAACAGAUGGUCUGUCAGUCUGGAAUCUGCUCGUGUGUGUGGGUGUUCUACUCUUUCCUCUCACAGUCAAAUGAAUGGCAUAAAUUGUUCACCAUAAAUAGACCAUAGGUGGAAAUGUGAGUGGGAAUUCUAGCGUGAUGUAAAAUUGCAGAAUAAAAAUGUAGUCUUAAGUGGGUUUUCUUCAAACACCACAUUGAGGAUUCGAUUUGCAGUGUGUGCCAACAUUUUUCUUAGUCAACACAAUAGAUCACAAGUUGCUCAAGUUCCCUGAAAGCUUUCUUGUAAAAAUAUUUAGUUUCUUCUCAGAUGAAGUCAUGGAACAAGAAGAGGCUGAAAAUGUUCCAACAAAUGAAUUUUUCUUUGGUGUAAAUAAAAUUCUACAGCUGUACUUUUUGGGAUGUGGUUGUAGACAUGUGUUCUCUUUCAUACACAGAUAUGGCAUAGCCUACUCCAACGGCCACGUGUGCUCCCUCAGUGACUGGGACAGGGACUAUUGCAGACAGAACAAGUCGGUCAAUUGUUGCCUUGUUCCUACCAUAAGCUCAAGUGGAAUCAACGCGCCGGAAAAUUCCCUUUUUUCUGCCACAGUCAAUGCUGGAGCCUUUCUUUUUCUGCUGUUCUGUAUGUUCCACCAUGCCCACAUUAUGGAGCGACAUUUGUGUCAUUCCACGCUCAGCAGGUUUGCCCUGGUCUGUGGUACAGUGGCGGCUCUGGGAGCCUUCGCAGCUGGUAACUGCAACCCAGGUUUCCUGCCGUUCCUUCACUACCUUGGAGCUGCCAUCAGCUUCGCGUGCAUCUGCUUCUACACCGUCCUGCUCACCUCGCUCACCGGGAAGUGUGCCCUGACAGGAUAUGAGAAGAGUCUCUACCCGUUGCGUGUCGCCUCCACUGUGCUACAAGCCAUCGUUACUCUCCUCUAUGCUGUCAUGUUUGCCCAGCAGGAGGACUAUUACGCUCACCUGUCGGCCAUGUUCGAGUGGAUGCUCAGCAUCAACCUGGAGCUGUUUGAACUCAGCUACCUGGUGGAGUUUUACUACUUCUCCUCCUUCAUGUUAUCCAACCUUUUGAGCACCCGCGAGGAAGUGAAACCGCUGAUGUUGACGAUGUCCUGAUGGAGGAUCUGGGAUCCAGCUGGAGGACAAAGGGACAGACAGUGUAAAGAGACAGUGGCACUGGACCAUGGCAGAAGAGUCAGCGUUUUUCAUCACUCUCCUCUUGUAAGCACUAACAUGACUGGAAAAUGUGUAAAAUUUUUACACUGUGGUCGACAUUAUCAUUAUUAUUAUUAUUCAUUAUCAUUAUUAGGAUUUUUUUUUCAGUUUCAGUUGUAGUUUUUUAUUAUCAUUUUUCUGUUUAUUUAUAGCAGUUAGAUCAUUAAGUAAGCUUUGUAGCAUCAUUAAUUUAAAAGGGAAACCUACUUUGCACACCAUUCAAUGUUUAACAAUGAUUUUUCAAUGUAAAAGAAUAAAAGAAGGCAAGAAAUAUCUAUA